AUGUCUUGCUUAUUAAUUAUUGAUGUCCAAAAUGAUUUUAUGAAAGAUGGCAGUUUAGAAGUAGAGAAUGCAAAUGAUAUAAUAAAACCAAUAAACGAUAUCCGUAAUAAUUGUUCAUUCGAUUUAGUUGCUUUAUCAAAAGAUUGGCACCCAGAAAACCAUAUUUCAUUUGCAUCAACUCAUAACAAAAAACCAUAUGACUCCAUUAUAACAAAAUCAAAUAAUACACAACUUUUAUUUCCUGAUCAUUGUAUUCAAAAUACAAAAGGUAGUGAAAUUAAUAAAGAUUUAAUUGUAAAAGAUAAAGAUAUAAUAAUAAAUAAAGGAUUGGAUAAAGAAGUUGAUAGUUUUUCAUCAUUUUAUGAUAAUGAUAAAAAAUCAAAAACUGAAUUACAUGAUAUAUUAAAAAAACAUUCAAUUGUUAAUGUUUACAUUUGUGGUUUGGCAACUGAUUUCUGCGUGUUGGCUAGUUGCUUGGAUUCAGUUAGUUGUGGUUUUAAAACUUAUUUCAUAGAAGAUUGCUCAAAAGGUGUUUCAAAGAAUGGUACCGAUCAAUCAUUACAGAAAAUGAAAGAUAAUGGUAUCAUCUUUAUAAAUUCUUUAGAUUUAAUUCAAAAUAAAAAUAAUUAG